AUGCAAUUUGCGGAGCUGAAGCGUGCGGCGCUCGCACAGACUGCGGCGCAGCGGGAGGCGUUUGAGGAGCGGACACGAGAGCGUGCGGCGCAGCGUGAUGUUGCGCAUGCGCGGGCAGAGCAGCGCGAAAAAGAGCGUGCACAUUGGCUUGCACGCGAGCGUUUGCGUCAAGAAACGCAGGAUACCCGAGGGGACAAGGCACAAGGGGCGCAAGCGGCAGUGCGUAAUGCCAAAGCGGCGCGGGCGACCGAGGCAGCGGCGCGGAACAAGCUGCUUGGACGCAACGCAGAGGUGCGGUCGCCCGCAUUCCAAAAAGCGAAACGCGCCGCAUCACGGCAUCGCGCCGGUGCCACGAUGCGGAAUAAGCAUGGCGGCGUGCCACUAACGCGCGAGGAAAAGCGCCAGAAACGCAUGGCGAGCGAGAUGGGCGUGGCGUUCCAGCACGGCCAAGCGCGGGCGCCAGCGCCGCCCAAUGCGACGAGCGGCGGCACACUGCGAUGCAAGACGGCGCGCGAAACGUUUAUCGAGGAAGAGAAUCGACGCAAGCGAGAGGCGUUUGCCAUACGCGUCGACGAUGCCGACGAUGCCGACGAUGCCGGCGACGCGGGCGACGCGGGCGACGCGCGCGCCAACGCCAUCUCGGACGAGAUCUGGCGCUUGUUUGGCAAGGACCGUUUGCGCUACGCGGCGCGGGAUAUUGACAGCGACGAAGAUAUGGAGGCCGGCGCUGAUGACGUUCUCCGCGAAGAGCGGAUCAGCGCGCGGCAAGCGCAGAAAGAAGACGAGCUGGCGGCACGCGAGCUCGAAGAACGCCAGCAGCGUAAACGCGCAUUGCAACGUAUGUAG